AAUUCUACUUUACCGCUUCUUCGGCAUAACGAGUGUUUUUGGUUCGUAACGACGGUAAACAGUCCUUUGCCUUGGCCACUUUAGAUUCUCGUUGAUAUGGGACUGGACGGUUCUGCUAGCUUAGGGUUUCUGGUACUCUUUACUUUGCUGUCUAGUCUAACCAUUACGGGACAUGCACAGACGAUCGAGAGCGCUAGCGUGCCCGAAAAUGAACCUGAGGGCUUUCGUGUGUUCUCGUUCCCUUCACCUCCUUCAAAUGAGAUCUAUUCGUUCUUCAGGGCGCUCGACACUGCCUCGCAGAGCGCGCUGAGAUUAUUCGAUAUCUCCGAAGAUGGAGUCGUAGUGACUAAGAAUCCGUUGGUUUAUACGGACGGCGAGGAGAACCUAUACGUUCUCACGGUACUCAGGCGACAGCGCGGCAUGACCGAAGGAGGGAUUGCCUGGACAUUACGCAUUACUGUCACCGAUACGAACAAUUUCCAGCCGACUUUUGGAGCCGAUCUCUACUUGGGUUACAUUGCCGAGGAGGCUGCACAAGGAACAACUGUCGGUGGAUUGGAAAAAUGCCACGCAGAGGACAAGGAUAGGAGUGGUAUUGAUAGAUAUGAGAUCGUUAGUGGCAACGAGAGAGGGUAUUUUGUGGCGGAGACUAAAACUGUGGGCGCGCAGAAGUUCCUGGUGUUGAAGGCUACGAAUACUAGGAUUGUUCGUGAUCCUGCAAGGCCAAGCAUAACACUAACAGUGCGGGCCAAUGACGGUGGGGGACUCCACGGUACUACUAGAAUACAAAUUGAUAUCCAGGACACGAAUAACAACCCUCCGGUGUUUGAGAAGUCCGAGUAUACAGUGACGAUUGGAGAAGAUACACCGGUUAUGACUUCCAUUCUGAGAGUCCGCGCGAGGGACGCUGAUAUCGGUCGGAAUGGGGGUAUUUAUUAUUACCUGAGGAACACGCAAGACUUUACUAUUGACGCUAUCACUGGUGUGAUCCGUCCCAUUCGCAUGUUGGACUUCCAGAGUGGCCAGCAGCGUACGCUUGAGGUGACUGCCCGGGACAGAGGAUCGAGUCCCAAGGCUGCGAAUGUAAACGUCCAAGUGACGAUUCGCUCCGACAUCUCGGGCUACCCCCCUGUCGUAGUGCCGUCCUCUUCCUCUGAUAGAAACCGCCCUCCCGUAUUCCCCGAAGGUCCGUCCUUUACUCUCAGUAUUCGUGAAGAUUUUCCAGUAAACGGAGCCAUACAAGUUGUGAAAGCCAACGACCUAGAUGCUGGCAGUACUAACGGGCAAUUACGCUACUCUCUUAGCGGGAACAACAACUUUGCUAUCGAUAACACCAGCGGGGUGGUGACGCUACAAACCCAGCUAGAGUACAAGGCGAACCCAGCUCAGGAUGUUAUCGACUUGGUUGUGACUGCUACGGACCGCAAUGGGCUAAGUGGAGCCCUCAGUGCGAGUGUUAACCUUAAGAUAGAGGUCCUAGAUGUGGACGACAAUAAUAACGCGCCCGUAUUUAACCCUCAGCAGCUCGAGCUUACGGUAUCUGAGGACACAGCCGUCGGGAGGACAAUCAGACGAGUGAGUGCUACUGACUCUGACGACGGGUCCGAUGGGCAGGUUGUUUACUCCAUCAUUCAAGGCUCAGGGCUUGGAGUGUUUCAAGUUCAAGCUACAACGGGGGAUUUGAUAGUAGCUGCGCCUUUAGAUCGUGAGAAAAUGUCCUUUUAUGAUCUUGUUAUCAAGGCCGAGGACAAGGCAACCUUUCCGAAGUCAUCAAAUUUAUACGUGAUGGUUAAAAUUCAAGAUGUUGAUGAUCAUUUUCCGCAGUUUACUCAACCUAUGUAUUACGCUAAAGCCCCGGAGAAAUCUCCCGAGAAUACUUUUGUGACUGUAGUAAAAGUAGUGGAUCAUGAUCUGGGGGAAUCUGUGUCUUAUUCUAUCACAGGCGCUUGUAGUUUCAAGAUAGUGCCCACGAGUGGGCUUAUUCUCACGACUGGACCAAUAGACCUUACAACAGAACCCUCAACAUACGAACUCGUUGUAACGGCAACGAGUUCAAACUAUGGCACCACUAAGAGAGCUACCGGGCAAGUUAACGUGGAGAUUACAAGCAAAACCGAGUCUCCGCCGGUGUUUAAAAACACCCCAUAUGCCAUCUCUGUGCCGGAGAACCAGGGAAGCAUUGCUAACUUAGUGUGCGUAGCUGCGAUAGACACGAAAGGCCAGCCUGUGAUUUACAGCAUCGAAUCGAGAGGGGAGCCGUUCGGGAUCGACUCUAAAUCCGGGCGUUUUUCUUCCCUCCAGUCCUUCGACUAUGAAACCGCUGACAAGUACCGCAUACAAAUCUCUGCACAGAGCGGUAUCGCCCCAAACAUCAUGACGUCAUCAUCUGAUGUCGCCAUCACGAUCAAGGACGAGAAAGACCCCCCGCAGUUCAGCCAAUCAGAGUACAAGGUCUCGGUCCCUGAGGGCGCUAGCGUGCGUUCGACCCUGUCACGUGGUAUUCGUUUCGUGGACGAGGACACUCUAAGUACCCAGUUGGAGUGCUCGAUGGAGGAAAUGACGUCACGAAUCCCCUUGGAUUACCUGUCGGUGGUGCAAGAUGGCGGCGAGUGCAAGUUUGUCAUCGAAAAGACUUUGGAUACCUUCGUCGCGUCCAAGUUCACGUUUGAUAUGAAGGUAACGGAUAAAAACUUUCCUGGGAUGUUUGCAACCACCAAAGUCGAGGUUACCGUAACCGAUACCAACACCUACACGCCCGUGUUCUCCCGCACGUCUUUCUGGGCGUCUAAACCGGACACUCUACCCACCGACACCAGCGUCAUGCAGCUGUCAAUCAUUGACAAGGACAUGGGCUCCCUUGGAGAGGUGACUUAUCAGCUGAUCGACCCAACAGUAUCAGCAGGCGAGACCUCAGGGUAUGAUCGUUUCCGCGUCGACGACUCGGGGAUGAUAGAAAGCACGAAUAUCCUUACCGCUAACACUUUAUACAAGCUGCAGGCCAAAGCGAAGGACGGAGGUUCCCCAGCGCUUGAGGCGACCGUAGACGUGUUUAUCUCGGUCUAACCCAGCAGUGACACGCCCGUCCGGUUUAGCCAGAAUCCCUACUCCGCUUCCAUUGCCGAGAACUCCCCAUUGAAUAUUGAGGUCUUCCGGGCAACUGCCACCAAAUCUGGCUCUUCGUCUGGCAUCGCAUACAGCCUAGUAGGAGGGCAAAUCGAGAAUGGUAACACCAUGUUCAGUAUCGACUCUAGCGGGCGAGUGCUGCUACUCAGACAGUUAGAUCGUGAGAGGACCAAGUCUUACAAGCUGUAUGUUCGCGGCACAUAUACCGGGGGUUCGCUCACACUUGCCACGGAUGUGGAGUGCUUGGUGACUGUCACUGAUGUCAACGACAACACACCAUUGUUCACAUUUGAUCGCGUUAACAAGCAGUUCGUGGUGGACAACUAUGCACCUGCCAACACGAUCAUCGCAACACUACGAGCAGUGGACUCAGAUGAAGGAGCCAACGCCCAGGUGACCAUGAGUAUCCAGGGCACAGUGCCGUCCAACGCUCCCAUCACCAUAGACACGCCUUCCAACGUACUCAAGACAACAACCAAGCUCUCAACUGUUAUCGACUAUCAAAUCACUGUGCGCGCUACAGAUAAAGGUUCCCCACCUCAGUACAGCGAAAUCACAGUCAUCGUCAAAGUGCUAAACAUCAAGACUCCACCGGUUUUUGGACAGGCCAAAUACACUGUGGACGUGCAAGAGAACACGAAAGUCGGACAACAGGUUAUCAGUGUGAAGGCAACAUACGGGGACUCAAACGCCCUACUACAGUACUCGUUUGUUUCUGGUAACCUAGGCGACGCAUUCUGUAUUGACAGCUCUGGUCAGAUCACGGUUGCACAGCCACUCGACAGGGAGGUGUUGCCUAGUUACACGUUACGCGUUCGUGUGGCGCUCGGGAAUAACGAAGACUUCACAGAGGUUGUCGUGUCUUUAACGGACAUCAACGACGACUCCCCGACCUUCACGAAGUCGGUUUACGAGUUUUUCGCUAAUGAGGAUAUUAGUUCAGGCACGUCUAUCGGGAAAGUAGCGGCGACGGAUCGUGAUAGCGGCUCACACGGUCAGAUCUCCUACAGGUUCCUCUACGCCUCUGAUAUCCAGAGCAUGGACAAGUUUGACCUCGACCAGACAACAGGAAUCAUCUCUCUGGCCUCCGGGAAAAGUCUGGACUAUGAGGAUAUCAGUAUGCAUGUGCUCUUUGUUAGAGCGGAGGAUAACGGUGCUAAUAAGCUUAGUGCAAUCGCCGAGGUCCGCAUCUACCUAAGGGACAUCAAUGACAACGAUCCUAAGUUCUCGGCGGCUUCGUACCACGCUAAGCUCUCACUGGACGCUCCUGUCCUCGAGCACGUUGUGCAAGUCACAUCUACUGACCUGGACACAGCAAAUAACGGACGAAUUCGUUACUCGAUCGUGGCGGGAAAUCAAGAGGGCGCUUUCCAGGUCCUCACGGACAAUGGGCUCAUCCGAGUUGCCAAGUCUCUCACCACAGUCGCUGCUUCGUCGUUCCUUCUCACGCUAGAGGCCGCGGAUAGCGGGGACCCAGAACGAAAAGGUUCUGUCAACGUCCAAGUCAACGUCUUUCUUCCCGACGGCCCACCCAAGUUCGUGCUCGACCCUGUUAUAGUCAACGCUACAGAAGGUAUCGCCGCCAAUCAACGAGUCGCCGUGGCUAAGGCCGCAACUUCCGAGGCCCUGAAGUACGAGAUUCUCUCCGGUAAUACCAAUGACAUGUUCGCGAUCAACCCUUCUUCAGGAGUUAUAUUAACAACCCGUGAGCUGGAUUACGAGGAAGCGACGGGUUACAUUAUGAAUAUCAUCGCGCGAGACACACGGGACCGCAGCGCGAGUGUACAAGUGAUUAUCAAUGUGGUGAACAUUAAUGACAAUGAGCCCAUGUUCCCUGGGGAGACAAAUGGGCAGAUUGAUAGGAAGGUCGCCGGCCCAUUCGCGCCUGGUUUCAUAGCAACAAGAUUGACAGCUGUGGAUAAGGACAUUGGCGAUAGAGUCUACUAUAAGAUUUCCAUAGAGGCGGAGAAUUACUUCACCAUCGACGAGCGGGGUCAGCUGAUUUGUAAAAACGACCUUAAAGGUAUAGCAUCGCCUUUUAGGUUUACCAUCGAGGCGCGGGAUGGCGGACUACCACAAAAAGUGCAUACAGCCAACGUUCUCCUCGUCUUCGUUAAAUAUCGACCCAAACAGCAGCCAGUAAGAGUAACAGUCCCCGAGACCACCCGUGCGGGGACUGUUAUCACCCGGGUGCCUAGGUACUUCCCAACUGGCGAAUUUUCCAUCGUGUAUCCAGAGAAGACGAAUUUCACUAUUGAUAAUGACGGUAAUGUGACACUUAAUCGGCCUCUUGACUACGAGGAAAUUGCGUUUACGUUGAUCACUGUUCGUGAGAAACAGGCGUCAGGACCUCUGGAGAAUUAUAUCGACGUCGAGAUCACUGUCUUGGAUGUGAAUGACAACGCGCCGGUCUUCACCAUGAUUUCUACGCUUGGUCGAGUUAACAGUAACUCGCGCGCCGGUGCUACCGCGUUCCAGCUCCAAGCGCGUGAUCUGGACUCGGGUUCCAAUGGAUUGAUCGGGUUCCAACUCGAAAAUAUACCAACACCUUUCGUGAUUAACCCGUUGACUCGUCAAAUCGAGGUCGGACAACCCAGACUCCAGACUUCGCGUUACGGUCUGGAUAUCAUCCCAUUCGACUAUGGGAAACCAUCUGUCAACGGAACCAAAGCCACUGUGGAUAUAGAGACUGUUCAGUCUCCGCCGGUGUUCAAUGAAUCUAGCUACACGUUUACGGUCUCUGAGCGUGCGCCCACGAUGACCAAGAUUGGCGAUGUGACGGCAGUCAGCGUGUCUGGCGCGAGACUCAGUUAUACGAUCAUCGAAGGCAACACUGGGAAUAAAUUUCUGGCUAAAGAUAAUGGUGAUAUUAUACUCAACUCCUUGCUUGACUUUGAGCGAGACCAGUCUGUAUUUAACCUGAAGGUCGAGGCAAAGGAGCAGAUUCCGAAAGGACUAUCCUCAGAAGUUGACGUCACGAUUACAGUAAUAAACGCCAACGACUUCCAUCCAUACUUUGAUGAUCCUGUCUAUCGACUGAAAGUCCCUGAGUCACGUGGUGUUGGUGACGUCAUCAUGACUGUAACGGCACGCGACUGCGAUUGUCCUUCCGACUGUACGUGUCCGGUCGGACAGCUGAAAUACUCCGUAGAGGCAGGUACCAGUUUUGACAUUGAUCAGACUGGGGCUAUUGUGGUUGCGCGGACCUUGGACUACGAGACAAGUAAAGUUCAGGUUCUUAAAGUCAUGGCGUCUGACCAGGGCGAGAAAGUCUUUACGGCUGUUACUUUUGUCGUCGUAACGCUGGAAGACACAAAUGAUAACGCGCCCGUGUUUAAGAGAAAUGAUUAUUUAUUCCGUAUGACUGCGGAUGCCUCGACGGGAAGUAUGAUAGGCGCAGUAAUCGCUCGGGAUCAGGAUCAGGAUGAUAUAGAAAAGGUCAGAUAUAGCGUCGUCUCUGGAACAGAGUUUAAUGUCAAUACCGAGACAGGCGUUCUUACAGUCGCUAAGGAUCUAUCGACGGGUGCAAAGUCUGAAUACUCGAUGGAGAUUCGUGCGACGGACUCCACCAAGUCAAACGAUGCGCGCGUUCGCGUCAACGUGGAAUACAAGAACAUGUACCGCCCCGAGUUUACAAAAUGCGGUAAAGCCACUAUUCAGGAAAACCUUCUCAAAGGACAGCUCAUCGCCACCGUCACAGCAACAGACAGGGAUCAGGGACGGAAUGGAGAGGUCGAAUAUAAGAUUGUACCUGUGGGAGGUCAGGACUUCUUCACUAUAAAUAACAAAACUGGGGAAGUGAUAACAACGAGUAGCUUGGACCGGGAGACUAAGGCGACCUACACAGUCAUCAUAACAGCAGAGGAUGGUGGCCACGGCAAGGAUCCAGCAGAAAGGCUCAUGUCAUACUGUUUCCUCGAGGUAGAAGUUCAGGAUGUCAAUGAUAACUACCCAUCGUUCAUUACCAGGGCUUACUUGGGUAGUAUUCAGAACACAAAGCCUAUAGGGACAAGCGUGCUGACCGUAUCGGCGACUGACCCUGACGCCGGAGAUAACGCGAAAAUUACUUACGCCUUUAAGUCCCCUAAUGAUAAGUUUGAGAUUGACUCCACAAGUGGUGAUAUUAGGACCAAGGUCGCACUCACGGGGACAAAAGACGUGAACGAAAAAAUGACUGUUGUCGCGUCGAACACUGAGGCAAUUCAAGGAGGCGACGCAAAUAACCGCGACCGCGAAACCGAAGUCACGAUCUACAUAACGGACUUAGCACCUCCCGUGUGCGAUAAAAAUCUUUUCACUGCCAGGAUCUUAGAGUCGCUAAGUGUAAACUCUGAUGUCCUCAAGGUUUCCGCACAGGCGCCGGGUGGGAAGUCUAUUGUGUACAGUCCUGUGAAAGCUAACGCGGAUAUUGAUGAGAAAUUCAGUGUGGAAACUAAUGGGCAAAUCAAGACAGCUUCCCAGCUUGACUAUGAGCAGCUUUCCCCGGGAGAUAAAACUUUUAAGCUUCAGGUGCGCGCGCAGGAGGAAAAUACUAACUUGUACUCCACGUGCAGUGUUGCGAUAACCUUGGAGGAUGUGAAUGACGAUAAGCCUACAUUUGAUCUUGGAAAUUAUGACGCCAGAGUACGUGAGAACGCGCCAAUCGGAACCACUGUUAUUACCAUCAAGGCGACCGAUCGUGACACAGGCGACGCUGGAGUUGUCACGUAUUUCCUGAAAGCUGGCAGCGAUGAGCAUUUCGCGAUUGAUGUGAACUCUGGGACUUUAACCACGAAGAAGUCAUUUGACAGGGAAGGCCAGAGUUUAUUUAGCGUUAUUGUCAUAGCAAGGGACAAAGGUAACAACCCUGGCGCGCUGUCUGAGGAAGUCGCCGUGAAGGUACUAGUUGUGUACGAGAACGAUAGCCCACCGAAAUUUGAUCAGGCCGAGUUCCAGACAAGUGUGUCCGAAAGUGCAACCAUCGGGACAUCGAUACUUGAAGUGGUAGCUACUGACCAAGACAUCGGAGAUAAUGCCAAACUCGAGUAUUUCAUCUCGGGAGGCGACGGCAGGUUUUGGUUCGCGGUGCAGACUAUAAGCAAGUCUGGACGGACGUAUGGUGAGGUGCAGGUUGACGCAAGAUUGGAUUUUGAAACCAAGAGCAGUUACACAAUUGAUGUGACGGCUACUGAUGGACGGUUUAGUGCCACAACUCGCGUUCUUAUAACGAUCACUGACGCGAACGACAUUGUCCCUAUGUUCAUGACUCUAACCACGCCUACCCUCCUAUCCCCAAUAUAUACCGGACGCGUGUCCGAGAUGACUGGAUCGGGUGUCGAAGUACUCAAGGUGUAUGCAGUCGACACAGACAGCCCUAACAUCCAAUACACUCUAGAGGGCAGCUCCAGCUACUUCACCAUCGCCGCACGCCAAGAAGGUGGCAAGUUUGUGGGGAUUAUAUCGACGGGUUCCCAGCCAUUAGACAGAGAGGCUACACCCAUAUUCUCUUUCAACGUGCUCGCUAAAGAUGGCGUUCACACGGGUUCUGCCUACAUUGAGAUCAACUUAACUGAUAUUAACGAUAACCAGCCACGAUUUCCAAAUUCAUUAUAUGUGGGAUACGUGGAGGAGAAUAAAGCAGCAGGUACAAGCGUCAUGUACGUGCAAGCCCAUGAUGACGAUGAUCCGUAUCUGGGAGGCAACGCCGAGAUUAGGUACACUUUGACGGAUAACGCAGGAGGGAAAUUCAAGAUCGACGCCAAUACUGCGCUUGUGACCACAGAGGAGAUACUAGACCGAGAGACGUCUCCCAAUUCGUUCACUAUCACGGUCCUGGCGACAGACCAAGGCGCAAACAAACUUAGCACGACAAAAGUCGCUACUAUUUACGUGACCGAUGCGAACGAUCAUGCCCCUGUUUUCACUAAAAGAAGCUUCAGGGGUACUGUGUCAGAGGAUGUAAGACCAGGGUACGUAGUGACUUCAGUUUCCGCGACUGACACCGAUACUGGCCCUAAUGCCGAGUUAGAAUUCGUCGUAACACAUGGAAACGAACCCGCUGCUUUCUACGUGAACCCAAGCAAGGGUACAGUCCACGUAUUCGGCAUAUUGAACUACACACUAAGGAAGUCUUAUAACUUAACGGUGACAGUGUCUGAUCGUGGUAUGCCUGUUCUAAGUGACAACAGCCCUGCUUAUGUACUCAUAACAAUCACAGAUGCAAACGAUAACGCACCCAUAUUCAUUCCAAACCAGUAUAACAAGACUGUAGCGGAGGAUCUUGCAGUGGGAUCACCGGUUGUCGUGGUAACCGCUGUGGACUAUGAUAGUGGCGAUAACGCCAAGUUUGUCUUUGAUAUUACGGGAGGUAACCCCGAUGACCUGUUUAAAGUCGUCCCGAAUCCGGAUAAUUCUAGUUUGGGUAUCGUGCGCACUCGGUUACCGCUUGAUAGGGAGACCACACCCAUCCACCAUCUUGAGAUCACGGCAAAAGAUACUGGAGGUUUGACUGGAAAAGCCCACGUGUGGUUGACUUUACUUGAUGUCAAUGAUUAAAUGUAGCAGAUGAGUAUUGCCCAUUGCCACAUAUGUGUGACGCGCCUGAUUGCAGAGAUACGUAACUUUACAAAUGAGAGGAAGUGUCAGGAAAUUAGGACUUGGCCGAUCAUGCGUUCUUAUGAAUUCAAAGACACCUUCUACCGGUGUCGGUAUACCUCAUAUUCAUUUAAGAAAAAAAAAUAUUUAAAAAAUGUCAAAAUAAUAAUAUUAAAUAAUUAAACUGAAAUUAAGACGUUCUAUUGUUUAGGACAGAUUGUGAUUUUAUCAACAUUCCGUGUAUUACAAUAACACUCCGUUAUUUGCUUAUUUACUUUCGAUACAAUUCCCGUCCAUUCAGUUUUCGUUGAUUUUUUUAUUCUCCAAUUAUAAUUGUUGUAUACUUAGACGUUGUUUAUUAGUUUUAUUGGGUCCAAUUAAAUUGAAUUUAACGUAUGAAAGAAACGAGACAUUUUCAUUUUUUUUUGUUAGACAUUGCUUUUAUUGCUAAACUCGUAUUUCAUAUCGGAAGCCGGCAUAAACUGUAUAUCACAAAGUCAAUAAAACUGUCAUAACGUCUCCGCUCUCUGCAAUAUAAAAUUUAAACAAAGGUUUCAAUGAACUUUUCUGAAAAAAGAAAAAAAGGAAAAUCUGCGAGAAAUACCAAACUCAAAAAAGCCUUUUAAAUGAAAAAAAGAAUCACCGUAUGAUAUAAUUACCGUACUACAUUUACUUUCAUCUACGUGGCGAAGUGUUCUUCUAUUUCACAGAUGGGUUCUAAUAUCGUUAACAAAAGAUUUUAAAAAGUCAUUAUGAACGUUAUACAUAAUUUGUUUCCUCUGGAUUUUGUUAUUUGAAGGUAUCAAACUUUUAGAGAUCUAUAGAAAUCGCUUGUAAAGAGAAGCCUAUUUUAAUGCUGAACAUCUUUCGUAGAAUUUAUGGCUUUUGUUUACUUAAGUAAUAGUGGUAUACUCUGUAAUUGUGGCUUUUACAGUAAAAACUGGGUAUCCUGCUAAUACCGGUUAAGCUUUUCAAAUCCAGUAGUGCUCUAAACAAAUAUAAACGAGAUCACGACGAAAAUCGAGCAAUUUUGCAAUUUAGCAAAAAGGUCAAGGCCUUAUUUAUAUCAUUAAGUAUUUCUGAUAGAAAUUCUAAGUUCGACGUUUAGCUCUCUUUUGUGAUAUCUUAUUUAUCUUAGAUAAAUAAUUCAUAAGAAAUAAAUGUAUUUUGACUUGCGUCUGAGUGUCAAGGACACGAAGGACGGUGAGAGAUGGUAAA